AUGUCUAUUAAGAAAGAGAAUUCUGUAAUAUGCAUUGAUGAAUGCAAAGAAUUAAACCAUGAAACGCUUAAAGAUUCCGACACUACUAUUCUCUCAUCCACAAACCAAAUUACAAAUGAACAACCUUCAUCCCAAAACAUUCAAAUUCCCCUGAAGACUACUACAUUUCCUACUUGUUCACAAGGGAACUCGCCAACGUCUGCACCUUGUGAAUCAGCAUACUUUGAUGUAUAUGGAGUUUCUUCUAUAUCUGAUACAUCGAAUUAUUGUAUAAAAUCAGAAAUCAAACAACCUGAUAACAAUUAA